CAAUCCCAGUCAAAAGUUGCCCCCUCUCUCUUCCCCUUCGCCUACCCACCUCUCCUCCACCUCCCGAACCCUCCUACCCUGCCAAACCCUAGCCUCUCCCCCUCCCUUUCCGACCCUUCCAUGGCCGACGGCGAGCCGGUGGCGCCGGCCGAGGGUAAGCACCCAGCCGUGGAGGCGGCGUCAGCCGAGGCGGAGAAGCACCCGCCGCCAGAACCCCCCGAGUCGGCUCCAGCCGAGGCGAAGCCGGAGAAGGAGGUGGAGAUGGAGACGGAGGCGAGUGAGGUGGGCAAGGCUGAGCCCAAGGAGAUGAUGGAGACGGAUGCGAGCGAGGUUGGCAAGGCGGAGCCCAAGGAGAUGAUGGAGACGGCGGAGGCGAGCGAUGUUGGCAAGGCGGAGCCCAAGGAGAUGAUGGAGAAGGAGGAGGUGGCGGAGCCAAAGGAGGUGAAGGUGGCGGAGCCCAAGGAGAAGGAGGCGGAACCUAAGGAGGCGGUGAAGGUGAAAGUGGAGAAAAAGGAGAAGGAAAAGGCGGAGAUCGUGGCGACAAGGCGGCCGCCUGGGAGUAGCCCGGAUGCACCCAUCCUUGCGGUUCCCAUGGUGGCCGUGCCCUGCUUCAUUGCCCCUCCAGGGUUUGCGGGUCAGUUUGCAAUGAGUCAUCAAGCAGCUUUGGCAAGUGUUACAGCUCAGGCACAUAUGCAAUUGCAAUCACCAACCUCAUCUGCAUAUUCAGAAGGGCUGCCAAGUCCAUUUCCACACCCUAUAACACCUAUAGCUAUUCGCCCACUGCAGCAAGCACCAUCAGUAACACAAGGAAAUGUUUGUAGACCAAUCGCAGAGAGGCCAUCCCCAUCCGAGUUAAAAGUGCAUCAACAUCAGGUAGCUGUGAAUGUGGUGGGUGAUGGUUUCAAUUGGAGGAAGUAUGGUCAGAAGCAAGUGAAAAGUAGUGAUAAUUCCAGGAGCUACUAUAGAUGCACAAACUCAAGUUGUUUGGCUAAAAAGAAAGUUGAGCAUUAUCCUGACGGGCGUGUUAUAGAAAUCAUAUAUAGAGGAACACACAGUCAUGAACCACCACAGAAGACCAGAUUUGUAAAAGAGAGAUUGCCUCAUAUUAAUGUUUCCCCCAGAGGCGAGGAAACAUUUCGACUUGUGAACACUGAAAUUAUGGAAUCAUCCCUUACACCAACACCAACAUCAAAUAAAUUAAAAAAGAGUGUUGUCGAAAAUUCUGAACAGCAGCUCUUUUGCUCAAGUGAUUGUGAAGGGGAUGCUGGUAUCAAAUCUGAAGAUGAACAUCCUAGUGCAGAGCCGCAACCAAAGCGAAGGAUAGUUGAAGCCACAACACCUAACUCAAGUCCAGUUCUCCGAACUGUUAGAGAGCAAAAGAUUAUCGUGCAGGCUGGGAAGAUGAGUGAUGGGUACAGAUGGCGUAAGUAUGGGCAGAAAAUUGUGAAGGGAAAUCCGAACCCCAGGAGCUAUUACCGCUGCACACAUGAUGGGUGUCCUGUCCGUAAACAUGUCGAAAAAGCAGCAGAUGACAUAAAUAAUAUGGUUGUGACUUAUGAAGGUAAGCACAACCAUGAUCAACCAUUUCAAAGCAGCAAUGAGUCAAGGGAUGGAUCAAUUUCUUUGAUCACUUCAGCAGUGACAGCCACUGAUCAAACCGUCACAGUGGCUUCAAUAUCAGAUCAGAAACCUUCAACCAGCUCCAGCACACAGAAGGCUGCUGAAACCGAGUCCAUUAAGGACACAACUUUAGAACAUGGAGGUGAGAAGGGGGUGGAGAGUGCACAAACCCUGCUCAGCGUAACGAACCCGGAUGACAUGAAGAAUUCCCUUCUCAAAGAUACUUCUGCGGUAGUUCCUGUCCAAAACAAUUAAUUCUGUGAGGUUAGGUUCGAUUUGACUAAUGCAUUAGUUUGUGGUAUUUAUAUUUAUUGGUUCUGUGAGCUGUUGUUGUGUUAGCUUCUGUAUAUGAGAUGAGGGUCGGCAUUCUGUGGAGCACCACCGGAUUGACAGAAGUUUCGACAGAGAAUCUAGGUUCCGAAAACCAUGAAACUUACAGUUAUCUCUUUGUAUAGAUUCCUAUCGCUAGUGUGAAUAGGUAUGGUAUUGCUUACCAAGGCUAAGCAACAAGGAGACUAAGAACCUUCAAGUGUGGGCUGCUCUUUAGCUGUAUUGUUCUGGUUGGAUUUAUUGCACACUUUAGCUGAUCUGAGAUGUGGUGAAUUUAUUAUUGAUACAACCAUGAUUUAAGUGCUGCACUAUUUGUCAA